CCAACCCUUACAGGGGAACCACAGAAUGCUAUAAGAAAACCUAUACACCACUUGUGAAUCCUUCUGUAUUAGGAUUGAAAAAGUCAGUGAAUGAAAUUAAGAUGAGAAAAAUACUAAUUUUAACUUUCUUGAUAUUACUCUCUUUUUCAGUUGUGGUUUUAAGUUUAUAUCAUGUUCUUACUGGAAAAGGUGAGAGGAUCAGUGUGGGUUGGUUCUUGGAAAACACAUCACCACAUAUGUGGGCCGCUAUUGGAAUUGGAUUAUCGGUAGCUUUAUCAGUUGUUGGUGCUGCUGUUGGAAUUCACACGACCGGUGUGAGCAUCAUUGGAGGUGGUGUAAAAGCUCCAAGAAUAAAAACAAAAAACUUGAUUUCGGUUAUUUUUUGUGAAGCUGUGGCUAUUUAUGGCCUAAUUAUAGCUAUAGUACUGUCUGGAUAUUUAGAGGAUUUCACUUAUGACAUAGUUAUAAAUAAUGAAAUUCUGAGAACUCGUAAUUGGAUGUCAGGUUACCUUAUGUUUGGGGCUGGAGCUUCUGUUGGAUUGGUAAAUUUGUUCUGUGGAAUGGCUGUUGGUAUAACUGGAUCUGGAGCUGCUUUAGCAGAUGCAGCAGAUUCUUCAUUAUUCGUUAAAAUUCUUAUAAUUGAAAUCUUUGGAAGUGCUAUUGGUUUAUUCGGAUUAAUUGUUGGAAUAUAUAUGGUGUCCAAGGUAUCUAUGGGUAACAAGCUAUAUUGAAAAAAUAGGAGGAAAAGUAAUAAGAGCAAAUAGUUAGCUGUAAUGUGAGUUGAUUCCAAUUUGUUUUUCAUGCGAACAAAAACACUUUUAUGUCAAUCUGUGAUCUCCACUUUAUGUUCACAAGUGGAUAAUUUGCAAUAAUAGUUUUUUGAAGUGAAAUUGUUGAUUAAUCUUGUAACGAAUAUUACAUUUUUUACAAAUAACGCGAACUAUCGAUGAUCUUCCAAUCUUGCACAUAUCUAAAUUCUGCAUAUCUUGAUUGUUUGGAACAUACUAACCCUUGAAAAUUAAAUCUAAACGAACCUUCUAAUAACUCAUGUUUGUUUCGUCACUGCAUUAUUUAGUACAAAUUAGGUAAUUUGAAUGUUGUAAAUAGGUAAUUAGUUCCAUACAGAUGAAUUAUAUUAAUUAGAUUUUUAUUUAUAUUAUAGAAAUUACAAAUUAAAGUUCUCUCUUUAGCUUUAAA